AUGUCCAAGAUGCGCUGCAUCAUACGGUUAGAUCAGAGUCGCAAUGGCGUGGAUGCAUGGACAUGCCAAUCGCGGGCAGGGAAGGUGAAGGUGAAGGUGAAGGUGAAGGGUGGAGCUGUCAAGUCUGAUGAAACUGAGCCGGCCACGAGUGCAACCUCCAGUUUCGAGCUCACGGGUGGCACAAGACGGCACUGA